UUUUUUUUUUGCCUUCUUCCUGUUUCCUCUCUCAGGGGUGGUGGCCGCUGUUUUGCUUGGUUAGCAUCCAGCUCGACAGCAUGGGAAUGUAAAAGCGAGGGAAUCUCCCGGAUAAAAGUUGCGUCAAAGUGCCCCUUAAGUCCCCGCAGCUCCCUUCGCCGCCUCUUUCCGGACCUUCGGAGCGCCCCGAGCGACGCUUUGGGGGCCAAUUUGAGCAUCCGAGCAGUUGCGGACAAAGGGAAGACUUUGCGGGCUAACGUCGGCUAGCUCCCCGGGGGCGAAGCUUAGCAUUCCUCCGUCGAGUGCGGCGCAAUGCAGGCCAUCAAGUGUGUCGUUGUCGGGGACGGAGCCGUGGGUAAGACCUGCCUGCUCAUCAGCUACACCACCAAUGCCUUCCCCGGGGAGUACAUCCCCACCGUCUUCGACAACUACUCGGCCAACGUGAUGGUGGACGGCAAGCCGGUGAACCUGGGCCUUUGGGAUACGGCAGGACAGGAGGACUACGACAGACUGCGCCCGCUCUCCUACCCGCAGACGGACGUGUUCCUCAUCUGCUUUUCGCUCGUGAGUCCGGCCUCCUUCGAGAACGUCCGUGCCAAGUGGUACCCCGAGGUGAGGCACCAUUGUCCCAACACUCCCAUCAUCCUGGUGGGCACCAAGUUGGAUCUGAGAGAUGACAAAGACACCAUCGAGAAGCUCAAGGAGAAGAAACUGGCUCCGAUCACUUACCCCCAGGGCCUGGCCAUGGCCAAAGAGAUCGGUUCCGUCAAGUACUUGGAGUGCUCGGCCCUGACCCAGCGCGGCCUUAAAACUGUGUUUGACGAGGCCAUCCGCGCCGUCCUGUGCCCCCCGCCCGUCAAGAAGAAGCACAAGAAGUGCAGCCUCCUCUAAAGGGGGAGUCAACAAACAAAAACGCCAGUACACACACACACGUACUUUGCUUCCUGUAAACGUAGCGACGAAUUCCCCCCCUCCCCGUUCCGACAUUGAAUCCAGAUUGAGAGGAUUGUAAUGUUGCAUACUGUAAAAACAAGCGUGAAAAUGUUCAAACUCAUGAGGCCUUAGAUCAGAUCCAGGUGGUACCCCCGCCCCCCUCGCUCUCUUUUCGUGGGUUCUUUUUGCCAAACACCAACCCGGCUAUGAAAACGCAUCCACGCUGCUGUUUGUUUGCGCCCACAAUCGAUCGUUGGCAAGUUGUUUUUUUUUUAAAUAUUUCAACACCGACAGUGCUAUUAUUAACCCUUCAACGUUCCCCGACGCAUCCGCACAAAUCAUUUUCUUCGCCCUCUCCGCAGACACGUCACAUUGUCGAUUUUUGAAACUGUUGGUGGUGGGGAACAAGAGCACCUUUGAUGCUCCUUGGGCAUUUAUUCAUUUUUUUGUUUUUAAAUAAUCGCAUCACUACUGGCGAAGCGAAAACACUUACUUAGACGAGCAUCCGUGCCUACGAGUGUCGCUUGUGGUGUAGUACGGUGUCCUCCUCUUUGUUAUAAUUGUGAUUUGACUUUUU